AACGGGAAGAGUUACGCCAGAUGUUGUUUAGUAUUUUUCUCAUUAAAGGACCAAAUCAAGGAGUUCAUGGAAAACCAAAUCAGCUGGUUUGAUUGGUUUAUAAAUCUCCAAUCUGCGUAAGAAGCAUCGAAGAAGGAAGAAGAGAGACACUAAGAGAAGGGAGUGAGGGGCAUCGAAUAAUCACCAUCUCUCAUCUCGGAGCCUCAUCGUCUCGGAGUCUACUCUGAUUUCUGUGUUUGUUUUUUUCCCACUUGGAGGUCUUUUUCCCCUGGCAAUUUGCUGCACCUAAUCGCGAACUCGAUGGACCAUGAUGGCAUGUCCUGAUCACUAUCAUAAUAAGGGAGGAUGUCACCAGCUGACGUCUCGUACAGUUUAGGCAAAAGCUCAUCAGACAGUUUCCAAGAUACUUUCAAAUGGCCUGAGCUAUUAUUCAAUGCCUCCCUUGAAGCCUUCUACAAACAUGACAGUGGCUUUAGUGCCACCCAAGCACGUGCAAUUAUGCCCUACUACAUGGGCGUAAUAUUUAAUGAAGCUCAUGCAUCAGUUUGCAGCUUUAGCAAGGGACAAGGCAUAGAUAUCAUGUUGUGGCUCUUGUGGAUAUCCUCUGAACUUGACAUCCUCAAAUCGAAUCACAUCUGACAUAGGUUCUGAAUAUAAAAAGUCCAUAAAGAAAGGAUCAAUCUCAUUUGAUUCAGUUGAUCUCAGCCGGUUCACACAGGUUGAUAAAAUAAAUUGUUUUCCUAUCUCUUUUUGUGGUCAUCAUUCAAGAACUAAACUGCUUUGCCGCAAAUGUGGGGUUCUUAUUGGCUACGGAUAUGCAGACUCACCGGCACUUUGUGGAUUUAACUCAGCCAGUUCAUCUAGUUCUCAUAGGAAAUUUACUGUAAAGAUUCGAUCAUUACAGCCUUAUUCAGAGGAAUCUUAGAGGGGUUUGCAUGGAAGGUUUUACAUCAAUCAUGCACCUCCCAGAUGAUUGCCUUGCCUUUAUUUUUCAUUGUUUAAAUAGUAGCAUCGAUCGUCAAUCAUUUGGCCUGACUUGCCGGCGGUGGCUCCAGAUUCAAAAUUUGAACCGUCGAUCCUUGCAGUUUCAAUGUUCAUUCACCAUAUUUGGUCCUCCCUCAUUAUCUAUGAAGCCUUUUUGUGUUGAAGCAUUCCAUCUCCAUCGGUUGCUAAGCCGCUUUCAACAUUUAGAAUCAUUAUAUUUAUCUGGUUGUACAGACAUAACUGAUUCAGGAUUGACCUACGUGCAAAGCUAUGGUUCAAAUUUACAGAAUCUUCAUCUGGAUUGUUGUUCCAAUGUUACUGACUAUGGUCUAUCCUUGAUUGCUUCUGGUUGCCCCUUAUUGAAGGCAAUUAGUCUCUAUCGUUGCCUCAAAAUUACUGAUAAUGGAUUGGAGACUUUAGCUAAUGGUUGCUUGUCCUUGAAACAUGUGAACCUGUCAUAUUGUUCACAAAUAUCUGACAAAGGAGUAAAAGCUCUCACGCGGAACUGCCGCCAACUUCAGGUAGUUAAGAUAUCAAACUGUGAUGGUAUUGCUGGUGUGGGCUUUGAAGGGUGCUCAGAAACUCUAGCUUAUCUGGAAGCUGAUUCUUGUAAGCUUAUCCCAGAUGGGAUAAAGGGAAUUGUUAGUGGUGGUGGGCUAGAGUAUUUAAAUGUUUCCUGUUUAUGUUGGUCUCCUUUUGGAGAUCCCACAGCAGGAAUAGGAUUUUCCUCAAACCUCAAAUUCCUCGACUUUCGGAUGUGCAGAUCUGUUUGUGAUGCAUCGAUUGUUGCGAUCACCAAGGGAUGUCCAUUACUUCAGGAAUGGAACUUAGCCUUGUGUCAUGAGGUCAAGCUAUGCGGCUGGCAAGCGAUCGGAUUAAAUUGUCAGAAUCUGGAGAGACUACACGUUAACCGAUGUCGCAAUCUUUGUGAUCUUGGGUUGCGAUCUAUACAGAAUGGGUGCAAGAGUCUAUCAAUUCUUUAUAUGAAUGGCUGUGUUCGCCUAUCAGCUACAGCAGUAGAGGUAUUUAAGUGUUAUAGAGCUGAUGUUCAGAUAAAGGAAGUAGAGAUAAUGAGUAUCAACCCUAACUGGGAAUACCGAUUAAAUUCUUAAGCUUUCAAGAUAACGAUUUGCAAAUACAAUUAUGUUUUAACAUUAUUUUGUUUGGAAAGAUAUUUACACAAAAAUGUCUCAGACUCUUGUGGGUGUUUUUCGGAUUAUGUACUUAAUUGGGUAUUAAAAAUGUUCCUUUUUUGUUCA